GAAAAAGAGCAGAAACGCAUCAGCGGCGGGCAGACGGUGCAGUUUUAUGAGUGAAAUACCUCCAGGAGUUAGCGCUGCUCAUUUUAACAGACUGCUUUAACAGAAGUUGUUUUUUUACACAUAUUGAAAACUCUUAUUUCUUACUUUCUAACCAUGUAGCGACGUUAUUAUGGUUGUGUUUUUACCGGCUGUCAAUCAGGAGCAUCUUAGAAAAACUUCCUCGAAAGUGUCGACUUUUCUUCUGAGACAGCUAGCUUGCUGGCUUGCUUUCAUUUUGAGCACUUUAUGAAGUUGUGAAGCGCCAUGGCCGAGCGGACUCCUCUCCUCCACUACCGCCUCUCAACCAGCGUCAAUGAAUCCGACCGGCCGGUGCCUCUGGCCGGGCAGGCUCCGGAGCAGCGCCCGGGGACCCCCAGGCAGAAGCCGAACCAGCAGAGACAACCAAAAAAGCUGUCCAUCUUCUUCGGGGUGGUGAUCCCCACCUUGCUGUCGAUGUUCAGCGUGGUUGUGUUUCUCAGAGUAGGGUUUGCGGUCGGCCACUCUGGACUCUACCAAGCUAUCGCCAUGUUCCUGGUGGCCUACUUCAUCAUCUCCAUGACUGUGCUGUCCGUCUGCGCCAUCUCCACCAACGGAGCCUUGGAUGCUGGAGGAGCAUACUACAUGAUAAGUCGAGCGCUGGGCCCGGAGUUCGGUGGCAGUAUUGGCAUCAUGUUCUUCUUUGCUAACGUGUGCGGCUGCGCUCUCUAUGUGCUGGGUCUGGUUGAAGCCAUCGUGGCCACCUUCGGAAUACCAGAAGAUGGGACGCUGCCAACGUCCCACUUCCAGGUCCUGCCAUCAGGCUACUGGUGGUCUCUGCUGUACGGCACGGCUGUCGCCCUGGUGUGUCUGCUUGUGUGCCUGGUGGGCGCCCACAUCUACGCCAAGGCCACCUUCAUCAUCUUCCUGGUUGUCAUGUUCGUCCUGGGCACCAUCUUUGUCAGCUUCUUCACCGUGGGACCUCGCACCAUCACGCUGCCCGGUUCGGCUUUCUUCAAUGGGUCCGAGUUUCCCACCACGGGCAACUUUACGGGCUUCAAGCUGGACACUCUGCUGUUUAACCUGAAAGCUGACUACAACGUGGAUUACACUACAGGAAAUAUGAUGACCUUUGCCACCGUGUUCGCUGUGAUGUUUAACGGCUGCACCGGCAUCAUGGCAGGAUCCAACAUGUCAGGUGAACUGACCAACCCGAGCUACUCCAUCCCCCGCGGCACCAUCACAGCCGUCAUCUUCACCUUCAUCAUCUAUAACCUGCUCAGCGUGCUCGUGGCGUGCUCCUGCGACCGCGUGCUGCUCCAGAGGGAUUACAGCUUCCUCAGAGACAUCAACAUCUGGAAUCCCUUUGUCACUGUCGGCGUUUACUCCUCCACGCUCUCUGCCGCCAUGAGUAACCUCAUCGGAGGCUCACGCAUCCUCUACGCUUUGGCCAAGGACGACUUGUUUGGUAAGGUGCUGGCUCCGGCUAAGAAGACGUCUCACAGCGGGAACCCCUGGGUGUCGGUGCUCAUCUCCUGGUUUCUCGUGCAGCUGGUGCUCUUCUCAGGGAAGCUCAACACCAUCGCCAGCAUUGUGACCAUCUUCUUCCUGCUGGUCUACGCGGCUGUGGACUUGGCCUGCCUGGCUCUGGAGUGGGCGUCGGCACCUAAUUUCAGACCCACCUUCCGUUACUUCACCUGGCACACGUGUGUGUUGGGCAUCGUGGGCUGCCUCGUCAUGAUGUUCCUCAUCAACGCCAUCUACGCCUCCGCCAGCAUCGCCUUCAUGCUGCUGCUGCUUCUGGUGAUUCACUACCUCAGUCCCACCUCCAGCUGGGGCUACAUCAGCCAGGCUCUCAUUUUCCACCAGGUGCGUAAGUACCUGCUGAUGCUGGACGUGAGGAAGGACCACGUGAAGUUCUGGAGGCCUCAGGUCCUGCUGAUGGUUUCUAACCCUCGUAGCAGCGUGGGCCUCAUCACCUUCAUCAACGACAUCAAGAAGAGCGGCCUGUACGUGCUGGGCCGUCAGAUCGGAGAUCUCAACACUUUGCCAUCGGACCCUCUACAGUCCCAGUAUGACUCCUGGUUAUCUCUGGUGGACCAUCUGAACAUCAAAGCUUUCGUCAACCUGACUUUGUCAGACACUGUGCGUCACGGCGUCCAACAUCUCCUCUUCAUCUCUGGGCUCGGUGGGAUGCGUCCUAACACCCUCGUCCUCGGUUUCUAUGACGACUGUCUUCCGAAGGAUAGGCUGAUCGAUCCAACGACCUCCAACAAUUAUUGCAUGAAUUCCACGGACCACAUGGAGGAGCUGGAGAAAGAACCCCCUAUGUUCCACUUUGCCUCGCUCCGGGGGACCGGCGACAGGCAGGAUUAUGGGGACUUUGGGGACGGGAAGGCUCUGCGGUCCCAGGAGUACGUAUCGAUCAUCGCUGACGCCAUGAAGAUGCUAAAGAAUGUGGUGCUGGCCCGAUACUUUAACAACUUUGACAGAGCCCAGGCCCUGUCUCCGCCCACCCCCUCCCAGAAGAGGGUCUACGUUGACGUCUGGCCAGUGAAUCUGCUGCGUCCGGACAGCUGUAGCUACGUGGACACGUGCUCGCUCUUCCUGCUGCAGCUAGCGUGCAUCCUCAACAUGGUGAGAGCCUGGCGCAAAGCUCGACUCCGCCUCUUCCUCUGCGUGGAGGAGGGACGGAGCGUGAGAGGAUCUGAAGCGAAGCUCGGCCAGCUGCUCAAAGAUCUGAGAAUCAAAGCUCAGUACCCUGUGCCCUGGGACCACCAGGUGGCGCUACACUGGCAGCGACAAGGCGGGGGCAAAAAAUCCCAAACCCCUGACGGGAACGAACAGAACAAUCUGGGCGCCGUUAAGGAAGAGGAGAACGAGGAAGAGUAUGUCAACAGCUUCCCGAGCAACGCCACACGCCUGUCGGAUGAGUACCUGUCAGCUGUCAAUAAGCUGAUUAAGGAGGCCGCUAAACCUGCCCCUGCUGUGCGUUUCCUGUACUUGCCCCGCCCACCAGCUGACACCCGCCGCUACACCACCUACUUACAACAGCUGGAGCUGCUGACUCAAGACCUGGGCCCCACCCUGCUCAUCCACGGCGUCACGCCUGUCAUCACCACCGAUCUUUAAACUAUCCCCCCCCCAACACGCUGCCACAAGGUUCCCUCUGAUAGUCUGUCGACCACUUACGGUGCAGGAUCACUGUAGACCUCUGCAGAGAUCCAGUAUCAACCGCUCCACCCAGCGACAGACUGAGGUGCAGAAAUCAACUCGUGACCUUUGACCUGGCUGCUGACGGAAUGCCACUUUCUGCAUGGCCUCAAACGAUGUCGAUCAACAUUCUUAUAGAAUCUUUAAAUCAAAUGUCUCUACCACUUUAAGAUCAGAAACAUUGACACAUUUAUCUUUUCUUAGUCUUGAGUUCUAAUCGAAAACACUCAAACCGUGACGGUUAACCAUGAAACACUCAAACUGUGACUUAAUGAAACAGUAAACU